CGUCCGAUUUUCAGAAUUCCCCAUGACAAGCAAGUGGUCGCACCAAUAGUACUUGACAUUUCGGUAUUACACUGAUAAUCAAACAGUACUGAGUGUUAGUUUUAGAUAUUUGACCUCAACAAUGAUCAAAUCGUACAAGUAUAUAAUCAUAGUUUUGAUUCUAUGUGUUUACCUCGAGGUGAGAGGACAAUAUGAAGGGGACGAUUGUAACACCGAAGCAGGUGCAGCGGGAAUCUGCACUUACCUCACGGCUUGUCAAACUGCUAGAGACAAUAUAAUGAAAGGAAUUUAUCCAACUGAUAUUUGCGGUUACGAAGGGACCCAAGUUAUAGUUUGUUGUGUUGCUAGUACACAAUCAACAACUACUACUACCACAACAAAAAUACGACCUACGCGAAAAACUACCACCACUACCACUACUACUACUACAAUGAAAUCUAACGGGGGUACUCAAGUUGGAGAUAAAGCUAAAAAAAUGUGUCAAGCAUACUCUCAAUACGCUUACGAAAAAAUAGAAAAUCCAACUUUAUCAGUGACUGCGACAUUUUCAAAGGUUCUCGAAUGUCCGUUCCAAAAUCAAAAACUAAUUGUUGGGGGUACCAAGGCAGGUAAACGUGAAUUUCCACAUAUGGUUCAAAUUGCUUAUGGAACUGGAGACAACAUUGGUUGGGAUUGUGGUGGUUCACUUAUCAGUGAAACGUUUGUUCUAACAGCUGCUCAUUGUUUAAAAAGUCUCACCAAAGGAGAUGCUAGACUAGUUAGAGGAGGUAUUUCAAAUCAAAGUGACACAUUACAUCUACAAGUAAGAAACGUAAUUGAAAGAAUCAAAUAUCCAAAUUACGAUUACAGAAAAUAUCACGAUAUAGCUCUCUUAAAAGUGGACGAAAGUUUCGAAUUAAACACAUAUUUGCGUCCGGCUUGUCUUUAUACAGAACGUACAUUUCCUGUUAUAGAGGCUAUAGCGUCAGGAUGGGGGUUAACAGAUUUUGCGAGUGACUCACUUAGUCAAGAUUUACUAAGGGUCGAUUUAGAAUUUUUUUCUACUGAAAAAUGUAAUAAUACGUACAGAAAUUUGAUUCGGAUGCAAGAUACUGAGUUGCCAUUGGGUAUUAUAGAGGAUAUCAUGGUUUGUGCAGGAUCAAGAACCGAUAGAAAGGACACAUGUCAGGGUGAUUCCGGAGGACCACUUCAAAUUAUUCGUAAAGACACCAAUGAUAUUAAAUGUAUGUACGAUAUAGUUGGAGUUACAUCUUUUGGAAUAGGUUGUGGUUUGGCCAAAAAUUUACCUGGUGUAUACACUAGAGUAUCAUACUAUAUCAAGUGGAUAGAACAAACAGUAUGGCCGUACAUCUAAUUAUUGUAGAUAUCAACAAUUAAAUAAAUUUUUUAUAUUCAAAA